AUGUCGCCGCCGUCUUACACAGCUUCAGCUCCGUCGGUGACAUCUCCGAGCGCGAUCGGCGUCGGCUACGGCUUCCUCGGACUGUCUCUGCUGGAUGAGUAUUUUGCCGUGACUGCCAUCUGUGUCGUUUUUAUACUAUACUUCAUCGCCUUCAGUUGCUACAAAUCCAGACUAAACGAAUCCGAAUUGUCCGGAACAGCGGUCGGGGCAGCGCCGGUCCGGGAGCUGGAGAUGGUAAGGAUUGAAGCCUCGGGCUUCACUUGCGGCGGAGGAGACGACGGCGAAGAAUGUGUGAUUUGCCUGACCGAAUUUAAGAAAGGAGAAAAGUGCUGGAUCAUGAGUAAAUGCUGCCACGUGUUUCACCGGAACUGCAUUGACCGGUGGCUGAAGGCGGAGCGCCACUGCCCGCUUUGCCGGAGCUGCGUUUGCGUCGCCGUCCAUGGAGGAAACAACAUCAUCUCUUCAACCCCCAUUAGUCGAGUUUGA